AUGUCUCGCAGAACUUCUCUCACGGCGCAGCAAGCCGGGUAUGCCUCGGAGCUCCCAAAGCGGCUGGGCAUGAUGAGCGUGCUGGGCCUGUCCUUCGCCAUCAUGGCCGUUCCCUACGGCCUCUCGACCACCUUCUACGUCACCUUCGCCAACGGCCAGUCGGUGACCAUCAUAUGGGGCUGGAUCUUGGUUUCUCUCAUCUCGCUGUGCAUAGCGGCCUCCCUGGCCGAAAUCUGCGCCGUCUACCCAACCUCGGGCGGCGUGUACCAUUGGUCCGCCAUCCUCAGUACGCGCAAGUACGCUCCCGUCGUCAGCUUCAUCGAUGGCUGGAUGACGCUGGUUGGCAAUUGGACCGUCACCCUAUCCAUCAACUUUGGCGGCGCGCAAUUGAUACUGAGCGCCAUCUCUAUCUUCAACGAUAGCUACACGCCGAACCAGUGGCAGACGGUGCUUUGCUUCUGGGCUGUGACCAUUUUCUGCGCGCUGGUCAAUAUCUUUGGCUCAAGAUAUUUGGAUCUCAUCAACAAGGCUUGCAUCUACUGGACCGGCGCCAGCAUCGUCAUCAUCCUCAUCACACUACUCGUCACCUGCAAGGAUCGUCGCUCGGCCGAGUUCGCCUUCACACACUAUGAUGCCUCUACCAGUGGAUGGCCAAGUGGCUGGUCGUUCUUCGUCGGCCUUCUGCAGCCCGCUUACGUCCUAACCGGCUACGGCAUGGUGGCCGCCAUGUGCGAAGAAGUGCAGAACCCGGCCCACGAAGUCCCCAAAGCGAUGGUCCUCUCCGUCGCCGCGGCCGGUCUGACCGGCAUCAUCUACCUGCUGCCCAUCCUAUUCGUGCUCCCCGACAUCGAGCUGCUUCUGUCGGUCCCUCAGCCCAUCGGCCUACUGUUCAAGACGGUGACCGGCUCCAACGCUGGCGGGUUUUGUCUUCUCCUCCUCAUCCUCGGCAUUUGGGUCUUUGCUGGUGUGGGCGCCUUGACUGCCGCUUCACGCUGUACAUGGGCCUUCGCCCGCGACGGCGCCAUCCCAGGCUACACGCUCUGGCGGCGGGUAAACCACCGUGUCGACGUGCCCGUCAACGCCGUCCUCCUCUCCUCCCUCGUCAACAUGGCCCUGGGCUGCAUCUACUUCGGCUCCUCGGCCGCCUUCAACUCCUUCACGGGUGUCGCCACCAUCUGCCUCUCCACCUCCUACUGCGUUCCCAUUCUGGUUUCUCUGGUGCGCAAGCGCCACUUGGUCCGCAACUCCCCCUUUCCGUUGGGGAACAUGCUCGGCCCGCUCAUCAACGGGGUGACGCUCGUCUGGAUCUGUUUCGCCGUCGUUAUUUUCUGCAUGCCCGUCACGCUGCCGGUGAGCGCGAGCUCGAUGAAUUACGCGAGUGUCGUGUUCUGUAGCUUUGCGGCUGUGAGUGCCGUGUGGUAUUUUGCGUAUGCGCGCCAUCAUUUCAAGGGGCCGGGGAGUUUGGAUGGGGAGGAAGUUUUUGGCGGCGAGGCGGGAACUACUGUGGAAGGGGAGGGAAGAGGGGAGAAGGGGUUGCAGGAGCAUGGUGUUGUGGGGGUGGGGGUGGGUAAAGAGGAUGGGCGGUUGAACGAGGAGGGGGUGCCGGUGUCGAGAGAGGUGGGUAAGUUGGAUUGA